GCUGCAGAUGUUGAGAGAGCGACAGAAGAAACGAGACGUGCAACGCAACUUCAAAGCAACAACGGAGCUCUUCAGGCAUUUGUGCUGCACCCGGCAGAGGAUGCAGCUGGUUGUCAUGGCAGCAGUGCUGGCAGUGGCGGGGGCGGGGUCGGGCUGCGGCUCCAGCUGCCAUCUGACCACCAUCCGCAUCCCCGUGGAGAGCUGCGGCCGCACCGAGUCCAUCUACACCACCAUAUGUGCAGGACAGUGUUACUACGAGGACCCGGUCUACCUCGGCCCUGAUGACUGGCCUGAACAGAAAAUCUGUAAUGGGGACUGGACCUAUGAGGUGAAACACUUUAAAGGAUGUCCAGUGGGCGUCACCUACCCUGUGGCCAGAAACUGCCAGUGCACCGCGUGUAACGCAGGAAACACGUACUGCGGACGCUUUCCUGGAGACAUAUCCAGCUGUCUGUCCUUUUAAAGAAACCUCUGUGUCUUUUUUCUUUGUGUCACAUGACUUG